CUUCUAGUCUUUUAGAGGGUAGAAUCCAAAGAAAAAAGGUGAAAAAUAUGACAAGGUUGUGUCUCAUGUUACUUGUAGUUUUAGCUGUAGCGGUCUUCACCGCUACUGCUAGAGAUGUUCCUAAACAAAACCCAGAUACAGUUGGUCUUACUGACCAGAAAAAUGUUUAUACUUUUGGUGGAACGGGUGGGUUUAAUGGUAUCGGGAACAAUGGUUUGCCCAUGGGCGGGAUGGGAACUGGGGUUGGUGUAGGUGGUGAUUUUGGUGGUGCGCAUGGAGUCGGAGGUGUGGGUGGUGGAUUUCAGUAUGGUGGACCUGGUGGCCCUGCUGGUGGUAUUGGAACUUUUGGAGGACUUGGUAACGGAUUUGGUGGCUUACCAACCCUCGGUGGUGGCGGACUUGGCGGUGGUGGUCCGAUUGGUGGUGGCGGAUUUGGUGGGAUACCUAUUGGCGGUGUUCCUAUUGGUGGUGGCGCUGGUGGUAUCCUUCCUACUCCCUGAAGCUUGAUCUUGAGUUCAUUAAUUAAGUAGCUAGCUACUUUUAUCAGUUCUGAAGUUAGCUUAGUUUGUGCGAGAUGGUAUGUUUUAUUUGUUUGUAUCGUUAGCAACUCUUCAUUUUCAUAUGAUCUCUGUCGUUUUUUCACGUUGUAUUUUCAUAAUAUUUAUAAAUCUAUUUAUAUUCAGUUUCA